AUUUUCUGGGACUUCUUAUUCCGGUUAUAAGCACUCCACUGAAGCAGACGCUUGCAUGAUUUUUUCAUGUAAAUUUUAUAUGUUUUUCGUUUCAGUGUGCCUCCCCAUUACAUGGGCAGCCGCCCAGAAUGGCCGAGGCCCUCAGCACCUGGACCACAAUGGACACGGGUGGGAUAUCCGGCUGGCAGUUCCCGGUGAACCCGGUAGCGACUACCCCACCCUCGGCGCUAUACCCAGGACAUCAUUUUCCUGCGCUGGCAGAGAUCCCGGAUACUAUGCAGACUUAGAGACAAGCUGUCAAGUGUUCAGAGUCUGCACUGUGGGAUCAACGUACGGCUUCCAAUCCUUCCUCUGCCCCAAUGGAACAUUAUUCAACCAAGCCGUGUUUGUAUGCGAUUGGUGGAUGAACGUCGACUGCAAGAACUCGCAACAGUUUUUCAGCAACAACAACGAAAAGUUUGAAAAUCUCAGGCUUGGACCGCAACUUAUGAAGGAUAUUAAGAAAAUGCUGACUCAUCCCAUGUUGAAUCCAUACGACAAGAAUGCAAUGAAGAGCAAUCUCAUCGUUAUGCAAGACUACAAACCACCGAUUGGCCAGCUAUUCCCUAACGGAGCUUUAUUAGCGGGUCCGGAACGAGCACCAAACAACGUAUAUGUACCAGCCAAACAAAUACAACAAAACUUAGUACAAGGAAACCAAAAUGAUUACGCUUUUUCUGCUUCCACUCCUGACCCGAGAUACAUACCUUCGCCCCAAAUCUCAAACUUCCUACCAUUACAAAGCAACGCAGAAGUAUUUCAAAGGCAAAGACAAAACGAACAGUACAACAAUAUUCAAAAUGUUAAGGUCCAGACGACACAGACUUCACAAACUGGAAAUAUAAUACAUAACGGUCAUGCAGCAAGAUUUACACAGAAUACUAACACUAACUAUGGCAAUAACAAUGGUCUACCACAAGCACAACUACCACGACCCACACAAGUAACUAAUAACUUCUCACAGAGACAGAUCAGUUCAGUGAAUUCGCAGUCGAACAAUCAACAAAACUUCCAAAGAGCACAAGUUAAUCGGCCACGAGCGCAAUAUACAGAGCCCAGGAAACUACCCCAGACAAAUAAUGACGCUACAUACUCAAGAAUACAGAACAAUGAGAAUAUCAAUAACAAUCAAGGCAAACAACCCUACACAUACAGUACUCCGUCGACAAACCUCCCACAAUUCUCGAACAAUGUUAAUAAUCCCGCUGGUAAGGAGUUAAAGCAGAAUCUGGCGCUCGUGUAUUCAUUCUUGACCGACUCACUCAACGUUGCCAGAGAGUACAACAACAUAGCACAACAAGAGAUACUAUCAUCAACAGUUGCACCGACACCGGCACAGCAAAACUUAAACAAUGAAGAUCUGUCUCAAAUCACCAACAAAAUAUCACAACUCACAUCAUCACAGUACUCAAGUAACAGUUUUACCAAUAACGCAAACAUAGUUUCCAGUCAAAAAAACAAUAAUAAUCGGCCUACUGAUUUCACAAGCAACGCGAAAUAUACGAAUGAACAAAAUCCCGCUCGUCUCAUGCAAACAAAUCAAUUAACACAAUCACAAACGAAAGCUGGUCAAACACAAGGCGAAUUUUACUCAUCGCGAUACCAAAUUCCAAAUGGUCAACAAAAUCCUGUUAGCAGUCAAAAUCAACUGUACAGUGGCCAAUUAUACCAAUGGAAUGUCCCAGAUGUAACAAGUCAAAUAUACAACAGUCCAAAUUCCGCUAACUUGGUAAACCCAAACAAAUCGCAACAGACUACGCAAAUGUUUAGUGUACAGCGGAGCACAAACCAAGAUAAUGUUGUGAAUAGCUUCAAAUCAAGUCCGCAAUUUGAAGUUAUAAAAGCAAAUACGAUUGCAUUAAAUCCUGCAAAGCUGCAGCUUGAACCGCCAAAUGAACCUGAACAGUUCAAUGGGCAAGAAAGCUUUAAAAGUUUAUUUAACAGUGGAAACGGGAUAUCAGCGCAUCUGGAAGACAAAAUUGUGGGUACGAUACCUCAUCCAUUAGAGGACAAUAAACUGCUUACGUACAAGAAAGAUCAGUCAUACUUCGUCUACACAAAGUUAGAUGACAACACUAUAGAACAAAAUACUCAGACCAAUGAACAGACCAACACAAAUAACAAUCAAAAUGCAAAACUAAUAAAUAACGGCAACAAUAUAGUUUCAUACCAACUAAUACCAUCAGUGAGCUACGAACUAGAAGAUGAAAAAGAACAGCAGCAAAUUCUCAAUGCAUUUCAAAUAGAUGAAUUCGGAGCCCCUAGAGAUGUAAUAAAAGAAAAACCUGACGAAAAACAAAAUCAAGGAGAACGAAUAGCAACAUCCAGAAUUGAUUACUCCGUUGAACAUCCAUCAGAUGAUAAACAAAGCGAACAAUACAAUAUAAACCCUCUUUACUCUGGACCUUCUUCGUACACUGCACCACAAUCAUCAGUAGGCAGUUUGCCUUCCAGACAAGUCGUACAAAAUAAUUUUAUUUCUAGAUUAGAAGAUUUUGAAAGUAAUAAUAACAAUGGGUACUCUAAAGAUAGGCCGGCACGUCAAUUUUUCUUUAAAUGAGUAUCUACUAUAAAUAAAUAUUAUUUUUUAUGUUCACUACUUACUGUACGUAAUGCCAAUGAACAAAAACUUAACAUUGGAUAAAAAUAGGAUUGUAAAAAUAGUCGUUAGUAUUGUAAAUAAAAAUGUAAGUGUUAAUUUAAGUAGGA